AUCAAACCAUUACCACGAUCUUACAUGUCUAUCAUAUUUCCUUCACAUACACUAUCUCCAUCUCUGAUUUCAUUCUCAUCACUUCCAAGAUGAUGGUUUUGGGUGGAAGGUCCCUUCAACUUAUCUAUGCACUCUUGAUUUUACUACGUAUGCAAACUUCCGUUGGAUUCAAUUCAACAACUGGUGAUCAUGAAAUUAAGUGCAUAGAGAGCGAAAGACAAGCGCUCCUCGCAUUUAAGCAAAGUCUAGUUGAUGAAUAUGGCAGGUUUUCUACAUGGGGCAGUGAAGAAGAGAAAAAAGAGUGUUGCAAAUGGAAAGGAGUUCAAUGUAGUAACAGAACAGGGCACGUCACUAUGCUUACACUUUUUGGGUUAAGAGGUAAUCUUAAUCCUUCCUUAUUUGAGUUACAGCAUUUAGUUUAUUUAGACCUUGGUGUGAAUAAUUUCAAUUUAAGUCACAUUCCAGAGUCUAUCAGUUCACUCAACAAAAUACAACAUCUUGAUCUCAAUUCUUGUAAUUUAAGUGGAUCUCUUCCUAGUCAGCUUGCAAACCUCACAAGUCUACAGUUUCUUGAUCUUAGCUAUAACGAAUUCAACAUCAAAAAUCUUGAGUGGCUCUCUCCUCUUUCUGACUUGCAAUUCCUUGAUCUGAGUGACACCGACCUAAGUAAGGUCAAUAAUUACUGGCCAGAGGUAAUUAAUAAGCUCCCUCAUCUAUCCUUCUUGCAACUAUAUAGAUGCAAUCUCUCAUAUGACCUUCCUCAGUCUAUUCCCAUGAUUAAUACAUCUACUUCUCUCGCUUACCUUGACCUAAGGGUUAAUAAUCUGAGUGCUUCCACAUUCCAGUGGUUGUCCAAAUUCAAUAAGAGCCUUGUUCAUCUCUACUUGUCUUAUAAUUCUUUUCAAGGUCUGAUUCCAGAAAAUGUUGGUCACAUGACUCAUCUAGAAACCCUCGACCUCUCUGGCAACCAAUUUGGAGGGAUUCCAAAGUCCUCUGGGAACCUCUGCAAAUUAAGGUACCUAGCCCUAUCUCAUAACAAUCUUAUCGGAAUGCUUCCUGAACUUAUUAGUAACUUAUCUGGUUGUCUACAACUCUCCUUGGAAGAAUUGAUUUUGGGUGAAAAUAAAAUCAAGGGACCCUUGCCCGAUAUGAUAAAAAACUUCCUGUCAUUGAGACAUUUGGAUUUUUACGACAAUCAACUAAGCGAUAACAUCCCAAAGUGGUUUUGGAACCUAUCUUCUUGGGCAUUUCAUGUGAAUCUUUCUUCCAAUGAUCUCUAUGGAGUUUUGCCAAAUUUGUCAACUACAAAAUUUGCUGAUUCUUUUGGCCUUGAGAUAGAUUUGAGUAAAAAUAAGUUGGAGGGUCCAUUACCAGUAUUCCCUGUUGAUGUCACAUCCAUAAACCUGGCAGAAAAUAGUUUUUCUGGGUCAAUUUCCUCUCUCUGUACUAUAACAAGUGGGAACCUUGUGUUCCUUGAUGUUUCCCACAAUCAACUAUCUGGAAAGCUUCCUGAUUGCAUGACGCGAUGGACAAGUCUAGCGAUUCUGAACUUGGCUGAUAAUCAUUUCUUUGGGAAAAUUCCAAGCUCUAUUGGAUCUUUGUCUCGCCUUGAAUCGUUAGGUUUGCAAAACAACAAUUUCUCAGGAGAAAUACCUUGGGCUCUAAGAAAUUGCAGUGCCUUGCAAUUUUUGGACUUGAAUUAUAAUAGCUUCUCUGGAAUAAUACCAGCUUGGAUAGGAGAAAGGCUAAGUUCACUGAAUUUCCUUCUUCUGAGAUCCAAUAAUUUCAGUGGAGACAUCCCCUUACAGCUAUGCUGGUUGACAAAUAUUAUGCUGCUAGACCUCUCCAACAACAAUCUAUCUAGAAGCAUACCAUGGUGCAUCCAUAACCUAACUGCGUUAGCUCAAAAGGAGAAUUCGGCCCGUGAUCAUAGUUUUCCAAUACGUAUUGAUGCUGAUCCCGGGUACGAUGGAAGAUAUGUUGACAAAGCAUCUGUAAUGUGGAAAGGUAUGGAGCGUGAUUAUGGGAAUGGAAAUCUCAAGAAUCUGAGGAUCAUUGAUCUUUCAAGCAACAAAUUAACAGGAGAGAUUCCUGUCCAGACAUCAGCUCUCUUUGAACUGGUUCAAUUGAACUUAUCAAGAAAUCAGUUGACAGGAAGAAUUCCUUCAGAUAUUGGGCAAAUGGGAAAGUUAGAAUCACUUGAUCUGUCACAGAACCAGCUUUCAGGUCAUCUUCCUGGGAGCAUGUCCCAAUUAAAUUUCCUCAGCACUUUAAAUCUGUCAUACAACAACUUUUCAGGGAGAAUCCCAUUAUCAACCCAGAUGCAAUCCUUUGAUGCUUCUGCAUUUGUUGGUGAUCCUGCACUUUGUGGACUUCCUCUGACACCAACUUGUCCAGGAGAUGAAAAAUCCCAGAGCAAACCAACAGACGGUGGUGGCAAAGACAAUCAAGAAGACAGCGCUGAAUUCUGGAAAUCAUUUAAACCGGGAAUGGAACUUGGAGCUGCUAUCGGCUUUGUGGGAGUUCUGGCUGUGAAGUUUGAUCAUCCAUGGAAACAUCUCUGUUUCCAAUUGUUCAACAACGUGAGGGUCCGACUCAGCAACUUGAAGGACUGCCUUUAUUUACUUGUAGCAGCAGUUGGUUUUCUGGUGAGAGAGCAUGUAUCCAGAUUGGGAAGAAAGUUGAGGCUGUUUGAGCCAUCAGUCUCUUCCUAGGGGCCAGAAAAGGUUCAAGAUGUCCAUGUUGCACGGAUGUCCUCUCCUCUUUCCACGUCAAUAAGGCCAAGCUGAGCAGGCAUUGUUUCUUGAUUUUUCGGUGUGUUUGGUGAAAUGUCUGUUUAAAUUAAAUGAUUUGUGGUUUUUUUUUUUUUAUCAUCUAUUUGUAAUAAUUUGCUUGAAACUUAUAUGCAAUAUGGAUUUGCAGUGUGUAAUGUAACCAAGUUCGAUGUUUUCAUUUUCUAUUUUUAAUUGAAAUCCCAAUUUGCUUAGGUUAUGAAAGUUAUAAAAUUUAGAUAAUCUU